GCAACAUCUUUUACUCUUUAGUCAAACAAAGAAAGACAAAAAUAAGCAGAGCACAAACUCCCCUCUUUUUUCAAAAAACCCUACUUCGCCGGCGCUAUCUUGUCGGAGACGGAGACAGUUACUGGCCGGUGGCUGUGUUAAACAAUAUGAAAGUCGUUGCUUUAGUCAGUGGCGGCAAGGACAGUUGCUAUGCCAUGAUGAAAUGCAUUCAAUAUGGUCACGAGAUUGUUGCGUUGGCUAAUUUGAUUCCCGCUGAUGAUGCAACCGAUGAGCUUGAUAGCUACAUGUAUCAAACAGUUGGGCACCAGAUAGUUGUUAGUUAUGCUAAAUGCAUGGGACUCCCAUUAUUCCGGAGGCGAAUUCAAGGAUCCACAAGGCAUCAUGACCUAAGCUACAGUAUGACUCCGGGUGAUGAAGUUGAAGAUAUGUUUAUAUUGUUGAAAGAAGUAAAAAGACAGAUACCCUCUGUUACAGCAGUUUCUUCUGGUGCAAUUGCAUCUGACUACCAGAGAUUACGAGUGGAAAGUGUAUGUUCAAGGUUAGGGCUCGUUUCAUUGGCGUACCUAUGGAAGCAAGAUCAAUCUUUUCUUCUGCAGGAAAUGAUAAGAAAUGGAAUUAUUGCAAUAGCAGUGAAGGUUGCUGCUAUUGGACUGAACCCCUCAAAGCACUUGGGAAAAGAGAUAGCAUACCUGGAGCCCCAUCUCCACAAGCUAAAAGAGUAUGAUAUGGUUAGCAAAAUUUUUGGCUUUGUUUUACUUCACUUUUUUCGCAUUUUUAUGUCUCUUUUUGGCAGGUUAUAUGGAAUAAAUGUCUGUGGUGAAGGUGGAGAAUAUGAAACAUUAACGCUUGAUUGCCCUCUAUUUAAGAAUGCUCGAAUUGUGCUGGAUGAAUUUCAAAUCGUCUUGCAUUCUCCAGAUUCCAUAGCCCCUGUUGGCAUCCUCCACCCCUUGGCAUUCCAUCUGGAAAAUAAGGUAGAGUCAAUAUCUUCAAAUGGCAUUGACGAAGCCAGCAAUUUGGAUACAGUAUUUGAAGUGGAAGGAGAUGUCCAACAAGAAGGUGAAGCUGCUAGUGAAUUUGUUGCUAUAAGGUCUGAGCGGUCAGGUGUUACUAAACAGGAGCUCAAAGUUUCUAAAACAAUGAAGGAUAAUGUCUUUUCUAUUUCUUGCUGGCUCCAAGACUCCAGUAAAAAUUCAUCAGAUCUGCAGGAGGAUCUGGAGGUUGUUCUAAUGAGAAUUGAAGCUCUGCUCGUGGAAAAUGGUUCCUCUUGGGAAAAUGUACUGUAUAUCCAUCUUUAUAUUGCUGAUAUGGAUGAGUUUGCCGUGGCAAAUGAGACCUAUGUCAGAUUUAUUACUCAAGAGAAGUGUCGUUAUGGUGUACCAUCACGGUCCACCAUUGAGCUCCCUCUAUUGCUAGUUGGUUUAGGGAGGGCAUAUAUUGAAGUUUUAGUGGCAAAUGAUCCUACUAAAAAGGUCUUGCAUGUACAAAGUAUAUCUUGCUGGGCUCCUAGCUGUAUUGGUCCAUACAGUCAGGCAACUUUGCACAAUGAGAUACUACACAUGGCAGGACAGCUGGGGCUUGACCCAGCAACUAUGUUGCUCUGUGAAGGAGGUCCUGUUGCGGAACUUGAACAGGCACUGGAAAACAGUGAAGCAGUUGCUAGAAGCUUUAAUUGUUCAAUAUCUACGUCAGCCAUGGUUUUUGUGAUAUAUUGUUCAGAAUCUGUAGAAAAAUCAGAAAGAAUUAUUGUCCAAAAGAAAACAGAAACACUUCUUAAGCAAAUGAAGUCGAACCAUGCUGAUGGCACAAAGAAGUCCAAAGUCCUAGAUCCAAUUUUCCUAUAUGUUCUUGUUCCUGAUCUGCCGAAAAGAGCUCUGGUUGAGGUAAAGCCUAUGUUUUACACGGGAGAGUAUUUGUCGGGUCCAAGUGACUUAACCAAGCAAUCACAAACCACAGAACAAGAUUAUUGCGGGCAUGACAUUAGCCUUCAGAAAUGUGUUGCUUACGGCAAAAUAUGCACAGUAAUUCUUUCAGUUACUGAAGAGCUUGCAGCAAAAAUUUGCUCCCUCGCUAGUGUUGCAUGUCCUGCCAAUGUUAUGUCCAAAGGUCUUGUUGAAAAGGAACAAGUCAUAUUGAUCGCAAGAUUUUGCAUUUCUCGUCUCGAUAAAGUCCUUUCGGAGAAUAAUUUCUCUUGGGACGACAUAAUGAAUUUCCGGCUCUACUUUGCAAACAAUCUUAAUAUCUCUCAUGGAACAUUGUCUGAAAUCUUCUCUGAUGUGUUCAAUGAACUUGUUCAGAUGAGUCGGAGAAAUAAAGUAGACGCUGAGCCUAUUUUAAAUAUAGUUCCUGUCUUGGGUGCUGGGCGUUCUUUAUCGACCUUGGAUGAUAUAUUCACAUGUGAACUCAUUGCUAGCAAAUGUUAGUUCUCAUUUAAAUUGGGGAAUGAUAUAUUAUAUGUUUCAAUUCAGAAAAAGAGAGUUUUGAACUUGACAAAAUUCUUAUUAUGUUUUUGCCAUACCCAAUUGUUACAAUUUACACUUUGCUUCACACGAAAUGAAAAUAUGAGUGUUUCAACUCGAA